AUGGCGCAACCCGCCCCCAACGAACCCCAAUCCUCACUGGCCGUAACGCCCGACUCAAUAAAGUCCAUCCUCACGACCAAGAUUGGCGCACAGCAUGUAGAAGUCGAGGAUCUAUCAGGAGGCUGCGGCCAAGCGUUCCAAGCCAUAAUAGUAUCCCCCCAGUUCGAGAGCAAGACGACGCUCGCCCGCCACCGACUGGUCAACUCAGCACUCAAGGCGGAGAUAGCUGCCAUCCACGCCUGGACGCCCAAGUGUUAUACACCCGAGCAAUGGGAGAAGGCGAAGCAGUGA